AAGGAAUGGAGUUUAUUCAGCCCCGUUACUACUUCCGAGGCGGUGGCGGGAGGACGAUGCUCGGGAGCGCUUCGAACGCGCAAGGAUGUGUAAUAAAAAACUUGAAUAAACCCCAGAAUUCACGUAAGAUCGUGACCGGCAUCAUUCCUCUGCAUUAAACCCAAUUGAGGCAGUGGAAGCAGGAGAAGGGCGCUUGUCUCCGGAGCGGGUCUUCCCUUUCAAUCGGGCCAUUGGCGACCGGAUCCCUCCCGCGUUUCGACGUGGGCUAGUUCAGCGCUUCCUCCACGGCCAGCGGAGAGGAGAGAAGGGAGCAGGCUGUCCGCCCUUUCCUUACCGCUCGGCCGCCCUGGCAUUCUCCCCAGAGAGGCGUGUUGCUAUUGCUGCGCUUUAAAAGGCUGAACUCACACGGCAGGAGGGGCGGGAAGCGAAGCAGCGACGCUCCCUGACGACCUCUGGCUUGUCCCGGCUUGUUUUGCUUGCCUGCCCGGUGCCGGCGUUUGGCUCCUCCGGUGGGACCUCCGGGCAACGAGGAGGACCCCCCCACACACACACACUUCCCUCCGGUAACAAUUAAGAUUGGACAGGAACCAUGCCUCCAAAGCGUAAAGCAGCUGCCCAAACUCGGGCUGUCAUCAAGGGCAAGAAGGUUAAAAAGGAACCAGAACUGAAACCUGAACCAGAGGAAGACAAUUUCCUGUCCACCAUGGCAGCACUGAAAGCAGCUCCUAAGGAGAAGUCCAAGGCCAAAAUUGAUACUGCCUGUCAGCUGAGUCAUGACAACGGUGCCCAGAUUUACGAAGACUAUGACUGUAUGCUGAACCAAACCAAUAUUGGCAACAACAACAACAAGUUCUACAUCAUCCAGCUGAUAGAGCAAAAAGGGAAUUAUAGUUGCUGGAACCGCUGGGGCCGUGUAGGGGAAGUAGGGCAAUGUAAACUCAGCAGUUGUCCAACCUUGGAAGCUGCCAUAAAUGCUUUUGAGAAGAAGUUCCAAGAGAAGACAAAGAAUAAAUGGGCUAAUCGAGAGAAUUUUAUUGCUCAUGAUGGCAAGUAUACCCUCAUUGAAGUACAACAUGAAGAUAAAGAGGAACAAGAGGUGACAGUAAAGGUGGACGAUGUGGAUGGAAUGAAGUCAUUUAAACAAAAGAUACUGCCUUGCACUUUGGACAAGCACACCCAGAAUCUUAUGACACUCAUAUUCAGCAAUGACAUGUUUAAAGAAGCUAUGCAGACCAUGAAUAUAGAUGUAAAGAAGAUGCCACUGGGAAAGCUGAGCAAACAGCAGAUUGCCAAAGGCUUUGAAGCUUUGGAAGCUCUUGAAGAAGCUCUAAAGAAGCAAACACCUUCCCAGAAGAAGCUGGAGGAACUUUCAUCUCGCUUUUAUACCAUUAUUCCCCACAACUUUGGUCGUAAUCGGCCUCCAUCCAUCAACACACAGGAAGUUGUCCAAGCUAAGAAGGAUAUGCUUCUGGUCCUAGCAGAUAUUGAACUGGCCCAGAGUCUACAAGCCCAAAAGAAGGAGGAAGAGGAAGAGGAAGAGAAGGAAAUGGUGAAAGAAGUUCUGCAUCCACUGGACAAGGACUAUGGGCUUUUGAAAUGUGAGCUCACCUUAGUGGCGCCAUCAUCUGAGGACUAUAAGCUGAUUGAAACCUAUGUGAAGAAGACUAGUUCCACUUACCAAAAGCUUCGUAUCAUGAAUAUUUGGAAGGUGAACAGAGAGGGUGAGAGCCAACGUUUUAAGACUCAUGACCACUUGGGAAAUCGGCGUCUACUCUGGCAUGGGACCAACAUAGCUGUUGUUGCUGCCAUCCUGAAGAGUGGCUUGCGCAUCAUGCCCCAUUCUGGUGGCCGUGUUGGCAAGGGAAUUUACUUUGCUUCUGAGAACAGUAAAUCAGCAGGCUAUGUGGGCACCACCUCCAAACGGGAGGGAAUCAUGCUCCUGAAUGAAGUGGCCCUGGGCAAGGUGUAUAACAUCACUCAAGAUGACUAUUCAUUGUGCAAGCCUCCAGUGGGUUACGAUAGUGUCAAGGCUUGUGGCCAUACCGAACCUGACCCUGCAUGUGAUAAAGAGCUUAUCCUGGAUGGGAAAAAAGUGCUGAUACCACAAGGAAAGCCCAUUGUUAUGACUAAGUACCAAAACAGCAACUUCAGCCAGAGUGAGUACUUGAUCUACCAGGAGAAUCAAUGUUGCAUCCGCUACCUGAUCCAGCUCCAUUUCUGAGGCUUUCUUGUGGGCUCCUUUUUCUGCUGGACUCCACCAUUUGCUGGCUCUCAUCUUUCCAGUGCUGAGUGGCUAUCUUAAGAACCUGACUUUAAUGUUAACUAUCUAGAGUUAUAUUCCCCAGUUCUUCAUCCAGAAUUCAUUCCGUAAUCAUGGCUUCUAAUUCUGCAGAGAAGAGUGUGAUGAAACUACCUUGUUUGAAGUAUGGUGGCUUCCAUAAGGCAGAUUAAGACUUUGUUGAUGUCCAACAAAACAAAGAUGAAAUCAUUGCCAGACUAUUGCUAUAAAAGGUAUCACGGCAAGGGCUAAUGACUUUUGGAAAUCUCUUGGAUCCGAAUAGUCUGAAAAUAAAAGAAACUCUAUUAAAUCGAA